AUGCCUAUUGACCGGUUUAAUGGUGACAAAUACAGUUUCUUUUGUUUAAUCGCAUUAUCGUGUUCAACUGUCGGUAUUUUUUUAGACAGACCAACUCCUCCGACGGGCUUUCGGGUUCUCAAUAAAUUAACAACGGCUACAAGUGCAACAGUACAAUGGUUUCCUUCUUUUAAUGGUGGACAACCUCAACAUUUUGUAUUGAACUACUCGAAAUCUCUACAGAAACACUGGACACACGAAGAAAUAGAAGACACGGGAGAACCAAUUCUUAUUUAUACGAUAAAUGGGUUGUCAAGCAAUUCUGUCUAUUACAUAUUUGUAUAUUCCGUUAACAUAUUAGGAUCAUCCAAGUUGUCUGAACGUCUUGAAAUCAAGACCAAAGAAGGGAUGUAUACAGAUGGUAACACCAGUGUCGUUGGGACAACCAUAGGAAUUUGUAUCGGUGUUGUGCUCUUUUUGCUUGUUCUAGUUGUUGGUAUAUACGCAUUAAGAAGGUUUAUGCUGAGAUAUCAACAUACAAGUAAAAGUGUAUAUCAAAAUACUAAUGGACCAUCAACGCAAACGAUCAAUUCGGCAACUGAAUACGAGGGCAUUGAUCUUUAUGCAGUUGGAGCAAACAUAAAACCGAAUGACCCAAACAGCACAGGUAUGUCAUUUUUUUGUGUGUGUUAAUUUAAUUAUAAGUGU